GAUUUCAAUAAUGUAUAGAUUGGUGUUCCAGAAAUCUAUCGCAGUGCCAGGUGUUAGUUGGUGUCAUCACAUUACCCACGUGACAUCAGACCGGGUCUGGAUCAGUGAUUAUAAAGGCAAUCUCAUACUGACAAACACCGCGGGUAAAAAACUACAUCAUGUGAAAGAUUUAUAUAAAUAUGGUGCUGGAGUACAUACUGUGACUGGCGAGGGUUAUUUAAUUUAUAUAGACAGACACCAUAACAUCAUUAAACUAUCUAAAGAUCACAGAAUAAAGACCACAGUAAUACCUUAUAUAGCACCAUGGAGACCACUGAGUGUCUACAGCUCCCCCUCCACUGGAGACCUGCUGGUCGGGAUGAAUACUGAUACAUAUACAGGCCAUGUAAACCGUUACACCAACACAGGAGAACACAUACAGACCAUACCGCACAACAACACAGGUCAGGAACUGUAUAGUGAACCUAUCUACAUCACAGAGAACCGCAAUGGAGAUGUUAUUGUGUCUGACUUGUACAGUGAUGCUGUAGUGGUGACAGACAGCAGAGGGAGACAUCGCUUCUCCUACACAGGUCCUACAUCAGGAUCAGUACUAUGGCCACGUGGAAUCUGUACUGACGCGCUGUCACACAUCCUGGUGUGUUAUCAUUACACCCGCACAGUACAUAUACUGGACAGUGACGGGGGACUCCUGUCACUGAUAAAGAGAGAACAACACGGGAUAGACAGACCAUACAGCCUGAGUUAUGAUGACAGAACUCACUGUGUCUGGAUCGGAUCAUACAACAACAACACAGUGAACAUUUACAGACUGGAACGCUCCCUGACUGAGUUUCUGAAAAAGGAGAAAACCACUGUUUAUCAUGCCCGUGGAAUACUUGUUGGAUGUGGUGAGGCUGGAAAAACAACUCUACUGAAGCGAUUAACGGAGCAAUGUCAGAAUCGCAGUAAAGUGAAAAAGUCAACUAAGGGACUAAGAACACUGCUGAAGCGAUUAAGAGGGAAACGACAAAAUGUUGGUGAAGUUACAGAGUCCACCAGGGGACUUGAAGUCCAUAAACAUCUCUUUAUUGUAAGAGAAGGAAAUUUAGAAGUGGCUGAUGAUGACUCACCAUUGAAGACAUUUAUCAGGAUAAAUACUGCAGAUUUAAAACCAGACCCGACUAGUGCAGUUGACAUCUCCGAUACAAAUGAACAAGAAGACAAUUUGGAACUAGGAAGUACUGAUAAAAGCACUGAAGUAAUUCAUUACAGAGAAGAAAAGAAAGAAAAAGAUGCUGAGAGGUCCAGUUCACCAAUUGAAGGCAAAGAAGAAAAGAAAGAAGAGAAUGUGGAAAAAUCUAUGUCCCCGAGUGAAGGCGAAGAAGAAGAGAAUACAUUAGAAAUAAUGGCCAAUAUUCUCUCCUCAGAGGCACAAGCAAUGGUUAAGGACGGACUUUUUGAAAAAAUCUUGUCUGAAAAAGAAAAGUUACCAACAGUAAGCAUGCUGGAUUUUGCUGGCCAGUUAGCUUAUUAUGCUUGCCACCAAAUUUACGUAACACCAAAGGCCUUCUUCGUCCUUGUGUUGGACAUGACCAGGAGGUUUGAAGAUGUUGUCAGCAAAGACAAAGAUAACCAGGAAGGAUCAAUCUUCUCUGUGUGGACUUACAAAGACACCGAGAGGUUAAGAAUCACCAAAUCUUGUAAAUUGAUGCAUCUAGAGGUCUUAAAAACACUGUGA